CAAUAUCAACACAAACAGAUCCAGGCAUUAGCUACGGAUACAGUUCCGACAGUUACUUCACCAGGGGCAAUGUUGCCCAUUCCUUGCUUCAUAUAUUAAAACAUUAACUGAAAGCAGCAGAAAGACAGAUUAUUAAGCCAGUGUGAAGAAAUAUGUCGAAGAUACUGAAUGAUUCAAUACAUGGCACAAUCACGCUAGACCCGUUACUUGUUAAAAUAAUUGAUACACCACAGUUCCAACGACUGAGAAAUAUUAAACAACUUGGAGGGUGUUAUUUUGUUUAUCCAUCCGCAUCGCAUAACCGUUUUGAGCACAGUAUUGGAACAUGUUUCUUAGCCAGUAAAUUAGCACACCAGUUGCAGCAACGGCUUGACCAAGACAUAGAGAACUUAAAGAAAUCAAAUGAUACUGCAAAGGAAACGUAUGCUAUGAAAUUGGAAAAUGCGAAAAUGACAAAGAAUGACUUACUGUGUAUAGAGAUAGCAGGCUUAUGCCAUGAUAUAGGACACGGACCAUAUUCCCAUUUGUUUGAUCGAUUGUUUAAUAAGGAAAUGAAAAGGAAGUACAAGGACACGAUGGAAUGGACGCAUGAAGAUGUUUCUAAAAGGAUGCUAAACUAUAUGAUUACAUCAAAUAAGGAUCUUGAAAAAGAACUUCAAAACAGGUUUGGUGCUGAUUGGAUGAAGACAGAGGAAUUCAUUAUUGACCUCAUCGAUGGAAAUAAGCAUAAAGAAAAAGAUACAGCAAGAUCUUAUAUGUAUGAAAUUGUAGCAAACAAGCGGAAUGAGAUAGAUGUUGAUAAAAUGGACUAUUUCGCUAGAGAUUGUCAUGGACUCGGAAUGAAAAGUACCUUUGAUCAUCUUCGUUUCAUCAGUCAAUGUAGAGUGAUGUUCUUGAGAGAUACCUCUAACGAAACUACAAUUGCUGUUCGAGACAAAGAAGAGUAUAAUCUGUAUGAACUGUUUCACACCAGAAUUGGACUUUUCAGAAGAGCUUACUACCAUAACGUGACUAAGGCAAUAGAAAUCAUGUUCACUGACGUUCUAGUAGCAGCUAAUGAUUAUAUCAAGUAUAAAGUGGAGGAAGGGGGAAAAGUUAUAUAUGUGAAGAUGAGUGAAGCCUGGAGGCAUCCGAAAGUAUAUGAAAAGCUUACUGAUAGCAUUUUUGAUGAAAUCUUAGUUAAUAAGAAACCAAAAUUGAAAAAAGCACAGAAGUUGAUCAAAAACGUCUAUAAACGUAAACUGUACAGCCUUGUCGAUGAAUCAUCACCGAAGAAGAAAAUUAAAGACGAAAAGGAGAAUAUGGAGAAAUUUUUAAAAACGAAACUCCGAGAAAAAGAUUUUUCAGUGCAAAAAGUAACUUAUUCAUAUGGAAUGGGAUCAGAUAAUCCGAUCACUUCAGUAUAUUUCUAUAAGAAAGAUAAUGAUACGGACUGUUUUCGGAGAACCAAUCCAAAGAAGACCUCACUAUUUUUGCCCGAAACAUUUCAAGAGGAAAUUUUACGUAUUUAUUCAAAAAAUAAAAAAACAAUCUCCCUUUUGAAGGAAGAAACAACUAAAUGUUUCAGAAGGGUUAAGUUAGAUUCGGUACACAAGGCAGACAUCGAAUCAUCACCCGGAAUAGUUACUAGGCGCAGAAGGGAAACACGGUAACUAUAAACGGCCAAACGAAAAUUCACGUUAAGACAAGUUGAGGAUGAGUAAAACAUGAUUUUUUUUCUUAGUAUUAAUCAGUAUGCUCAUUCACAUUACAUAUUUCAGCUUUGAAUGUUAACUAUUUGUUUAACACAAAAAUGUAUUUAUUUAUUUGUGAUUUUAAUAUGCUUUGUGACUUAUUUGAGGUAGCACUACAGUCUUAUAAUGAUUUUUAGUGACAUGUUUUUUUGUCACAUUAUUUUAAAGUAAUUAUCCAUUUGAAUGUUUUGUAAAAAUCCCAGAGUCAUCAUUAUGUCAUUAUAAUUAUAUAAUUAAAUUAUUUACAUAAAAGCACAUUACAAAUACUGUAUAGAAAAAAUCAUAUGGGAGGAGCUAAUUUUUCAAUCAUCUGUUGAUACCAAGUGUCCAGCUGCUAAUCACUGACCACAAGAUAGAUAAUGUGGUAUAAUUUUACAACAUGUUUGUUGCAAUUAAAUCUAAUUUCUGUAACUAUGGAGGUAAACAAAGAAAAUAUAAAAGAAAAACAAGGUAGAGGGAAAAAAUCUAAAUUAAAAACAUAUAAAGAUAAAUAUAAAUGUAUAAGAGUAGCUUUAAAAGCCUCUGACAAAUGUUCUUACUAAGGCAAAAAAGAAUCUGUAUCUGAAUCUGACACCAGCAACAGUGACAUUCACAACAAUCCUUAUUCUAGACAAACCACCUGGAUAAUAGUGAAAUUUGUUUUUAUCUUGAACUAGAGGUUACUGUUCUGUUUUGUAGAGGCCAGUAGGAAGUAUGAAAAUAUCUUUUAUUAUACAUUUUGAAGUUUCUGUGUCCUAGUUAAUUUCACAGUACCAUAUAUUUCUUUUUAAAUAUAAAUGAUAAUUAGUAUUUUAUAGUGAGUAUGGUGAGAAUGAUGUGAAAUGUUGAUUGUAUGCAGCUGGUCACUCUUGAUAUUCUCUUACCUUAGACUGUCUAGACAGGGGAGGAGUUUUGACCAUAUUUAGUUACUAUAUUACAGAUGUUGGUCAAACCUGUUACGUCAAACUCCCGCCAAAUGCUAAAUUAGAGUUGUUAAGGGAUGCAAAAUUUACAGUUUAAGUGUAUAAAAGACACAAACUGUGUGGUUCUUUUGAUGAAAUAAUGGUGUCAAAACACUCCUAGGGUGUUCCCAGAGGAAUGUGUAUAUUUAUGUUGCAUUUAAGGGGUUUAAAGAUUAUUUUUAGUUUUUAGGUGAUUGUUCAAAACAUUGUUUCAUGGGAAUUGUUAUCACAAAACAAAAAUAGAAUCUUUAUGGGUAACCCAUUCAUUUGGUUUGGCUUUGAUAUAUGUGAUGAAAGGGUGUAUUUUCUACAAACGGUGUCCUAGUUUAUGGAUAAUUUGUUUCUGAAUGAAUUUAUAGGUCUCCAAAGAUGAAAAGUGAAAUGAGGUUUGGCACCCAGCAGUUAAAUCAAUAUAUCUCCUAAUUGGAGGCACAUAUCAAAAAUCUGAGACAUGGUUUUGUAGCUUGUGUAUGGUCAAUUAAAGGAAUGAAAACAAAUUUUUACUACCAUUUGAACUGAAUGUGCUAUUUUCAUCAAAGUUCGGAGAGCAAUUUUUUUGGCAGUUAAUGAUCUAUAUAUCUUUAAUUAAUCAUACUUACAAAAAAUUAUCUAAAGACUAAUAUUUCAGCUUUAAAUUGAGUUAAACAUAUUAAAAAUUCAUGGAGAAGUUUUUGAGAAAUUAAUCUAUAAAGACUGUUGGUUGAAGUCAAGAAAGUCUGACUGUAUUGCUAGCUUAAUACCAUUAGUCUUGUAACAAGACUGUGCUAUUUGAAUAAUAAUUGUGAUGGUAAUUACUUUAUGUACUGACUGACUACAUAUUUAACUAUAACUGUAAUCUGUCUGAAUAGUUUUAACAAAAAUUAUUUUUAUACAUUAUGAUUUCUCAUUCUUUCAAACUUGUAAAAUAUAAGGUAAAAGCAAAUCGGCUUACCGUAGAAGAAAAGGAGACUUACUAAAAAAUCUAUUUUUACGAUUGUAGUAAGUAGUUUUAUAUUUAUUGGAAGUGAAGUAUCUUGUUUUAAUAUUUUAGAGACAUUUCAUACGUUAACGUCCAUAUUUUAAAUUAUAUGAUCAGGGUCAGAUAUUUUAUUCCUGUUUGUUACUUGCGAUAGUUGUGUUGUGAUAUUUAACUCAUUUUGUAUCCAUUUUAAAUUGACUGUGGUUCAUUGAUUUAUUUGAUAAUUCUUAUGUGCAUUGUAGGAGUUCAGUAGAUAUCUUUUAGUUGUUGUAAUUUGAAUUUGUCAUUACUGAUAUUUAUUAAAAAUGAAAACAUAUGUAAUAUGUUAUAUUAUUUUAAAUAGAAACAAAACGGUUCAUUUAAGAAUUAAAAGAUAUAUGCUAUU